AUGCCUCAUUAUCUGGUCAAGUUCCCGCCGCAGGUGACGGUAGGAAAUAAAAAGGAAGUUCUGAACGAGAUUGAAUCUCACGGUGGCUCUUUUGUGAGAGAGGAGCGGUUCCUCAAGGCAUACGUUUAUGAUAUUCCAGAGGAGGAUCUGGAUUUGAAUAAGUUUCGGACGAAGAAUUACAUGUUCUCUUUGGAGAGACAGGAUUAG